CCCCCGCUGGCGCGCCCUGGUUCUGUGAGGAACCUCGCGGAGGCGUCGCAGGCGCCCAGCCAGUCAGUUUGCGCUUCGUCGCCAGAGGAGGCGGUGGCUGAGGCGAGCCGAGUCCACUGCUCACCCUGUUGUACGGUAGGAGGCACGGCUAGCUCUAAAUGGGCAAUUUGCUUAGUAAAUUUAGACCCGGGUGUCGCCGCCGGCCUGUACCCGGGCCAGGGCGUGGCACCCCCGCUCCCCUGGCCCGGGACGCCUCCCAGCCUGGCCGGGUUCAUCCCGCGGCCACCCCGCGCCCUUUCCGUGGCUUGUUCCGCCCGAAUGCCCGUCGCAGGCCUUCGCCAGGCGGCAUCUUCGUCGCCCCUAAGAGGCUGUGUCCUCUCCCGCGGGCUGCGGCCGCCCCUCUGGGGGUCCUGCCGGCUGUGGGCUGGGGGCUGGCCACGAGGAAGACACCCGUGCUGCCUACUCGGAACCCCCCGAGGUUUGGACACCCCAGCUCCGUGAGGAUCCCUCCUCCCAGCCGCGCGUUCACCCUCCUGCUGCCUUCACCACGCGAGCCGGCGGUCACGGCCAGGAAGCCCAUCCCAGCCACUCUCCCGGAGGAGACCGACGUGCGGGCCCACGAAGGGCCCAGAAGAGCGAAGAAGGAUGAGGAUCCGGUGCAGACCAAAGGGGAGGAUGACGAGAAAAGGGCCCCCCUUAGCAGCGGAGAAGCAUCGUCCACAUCCAGGUCCCAGGGCACCCAGGCAGACCUCGCCUCCUUCCUAUGCAGCCCUGGGCCUGUGGAGGGAAAUGUCCACCAGAAGUUCUCAGAAAACAGCGUGAGUGAGAAGGCCCAGGCGUCUCCAGCGAGCUCCUGCUUGGAAGGCCCUGCCACGCCCAGCACACACAGCGAGGCCGGAUGUGCCCGGCAUUUUGGAAAGCCUGAUCCGGAUGCAGCAGCGCCCCCUGAGCCAGGCGCGGGCUGCUCCCUGCUGCCGCAGAAGUUGGCCGGGGAAGUGCCGAGUGAAGAGCCACCGCCCAGCUCUCUAGGCUCGCCGACUCCGCUGAUGUCCGGAACGAGGAUGCCUGAUGGGAAGCCUUUGGAUAUUCCUCCAAGGAGCGCUGCUCUUCCCAGAGCUGCCCGCAACAGGCCCUGCAAAAGGAAAAUGUCGAUUCCACUGCUGCUGCCGCUGCCCCCUUCACUGCCAUUGCAGUGGGAUCGAGGUGAGCUUCCCCCACCUGCUAAGCUCCCAUGCCUGUCUGUUGAGGGAGCCCUACACACCUUGGAGAAGAGCCCUGAGUAUAAAAGGAAUAGCAGAAUCUUGGAGGAUAAAACAGAGACCACGACAAACAGCAGCAUCACCCAACCUGCCCCUUCCUUCUCCCCACCUGUGGAGACUGCAGACUCCCUGCGUCUUGCCACUUACACUGACACUUCGCAGGUCCCAGCUCCUUUGCCCAUCCCUGACUUGGCUGACCUGGCUACUGGACCCCUCAUUCUGCCUGUCACUCCACUUUCCACCACACCAAAAAUGGAUGAGAAAAUAGUAUUCACAAUCCCUAACUCUCCUCUGGCUCUUCCUGCUGACCUUGUUCCCCUUUUGAGGGAUCAAUCUAAUGAGAAAGGAGGCUCUUGUCAUUCAGUCAUAGGAGCAGCACCUCCCACUUCUGACCCCCCAACACCUAGCCUCACACCCUUCUUCAAGCCUCCCGUCAGAAGGGAGUCCCCAAUAUCUAUGCAUGUGGAUUCCCCUCCUCCUCUUUCCUUCCUGACUCUUCCUCCAGUCCCUUCCACCAGGACCUCAGUUAUCACCAGCAAGCCUAUGAAUUCCACAUCAGUCAUUUCCACUAUCACAACAAAUACAUCUGGCCACCUAACCUCACAGACUGCGGUAGACCCUGAAGUAGUUAACAUGGAUACUACUGCCCCUUCUCAGGCUGUUAUUUUCACAUCUUACCUAAGCUCCAGGGUGAGCUCGCUCCCAAAUUCCCAAAUACAUUGCAGUGCAGAGCAGAGGCGCACAGGAAAGACAUCAGUCUACGCAUCCCCGCUUCCAUUUAUAUUCCACAAUACUACCCCAAAUUUUAACCAAUUCUUUGGAAAGGAAGCCACCCCUCAGCCCAAAUCUGGGGCUCCUGAUGGGCAGCAGCAGAAAGCUUCUCUCCCCAGUGCCUGUGUUUUUCUGAGCCUUCCCAUCAUUGCUCCUCCAGUCACCUCCACUUUAGUGAACAGUGCCUCUACAGCAUCAUCAUCCAAGCCUCCCAUCGAAACCAAUGCUAUGAAUACCACUCCUCCCUCCAACGGUGUCAUCUUGCAGUCUGCCUCUGUCUCCAAGAAGAAGUACCUCCCAUUUUACCUGGGGCUUCCUGGUUCUGGGAACACACGAUCCAGUGGCAACAUUGCCUCAGUCCAAGCUUCCACCAGUUUGCCUGCACAGUCAGUCAGGGGAACAACUACAACUUCCAACUAUGCUUUAAAUCCAGGAGCCACCCCUCAGCCCAAAUUUGGGGCCCCUGAUGGGCUACAGCAGAAAACCUCUCUCCCCAGUGCCCAUGAUUUUCUGAGCCUUCCUAUCAUGGUUCCUCCAGACACCUCCACUGUAGUGAGCAAUGCCUCUGCAGCAUCAUUAGCCAAGCCUGCCAUUGACACCAGUGCUAUGAAUACCACCCCUCCUUCCAAAACUGUCAUCUUGCAGUCUACCUUUGUCUCCAGUAAGGAGUACAUCCGAUUUUAUGUGGGGCUUCCUGGUUCUGGGAACAUACUACACAGUGACAACAUUGCUUCAGCCCAAGUCUCCACCAGUUUUCCUGCACAGGCAGGCAGGAAACCAGUCACAACUUCCAGCCAUCCUUUAAAUACAGAAUCCAUCUCUCAUUCCACACUUGGGGCCACUGAUGGGCAGCAGAAGUCUGACAGUUCUUUUAUUCUGGGGAAUCCAGCAACCCCAGCACCAGCUAUAGGCUUACCAUCUCCCUCAGCCCAGCCACUGAGUGGCAGCGUAAUUCCACCAGGUUUUGCAGAGUUAACAUCACCAUAUUCUGCAUUGGGCACACCUAUUAAUGCCGAGCCAGCCAAGAGUCACAACGCAAGUGCUUUCCCCAAUGGCACAGCAAAGACUUCUGGAUUUAGAGUUGCCACUGGGAUGCCUGGCACUGGAGACAGCACCUCACUGGUUGGAAAUACUAUUCUAGGCCCACAAGUGAUUAUGGGACCUGGAACCUCUAUGGAUGGUGGGAGCAUUGGAUUCACCAUGUCUGCCCCAGGCCCCAGUUCCACAUCAGGAGAAGUCAGCACCGGACAAGAACAGAGUGGAACACCCAGCACCACUUCUGUUUUCCCAUUUGGUCGAGUAGCCUGGGACCCAACUGGCCACAGCAUGGCUGCUGUACCACAAGGGGCUAACAACAUUCCUGUAUUUGGAUAUACUUCUGCUGCCACCUACAUUCCUGGUUUGGACCCACCUACCCAGAAUUCAGGCAGCAGUAUGGGAGGGGAUGGCACCAAACCCAUGGUUGGAGGCCCUUGUGUUCCUGCUUUUCAACAGUGCAUCCUACAGCACACAUGGACAGAGAAAAAAUUCUACACUUCAAGCACCCACCACUAUGAACAAGAAACAUACGUUAGGAGACAUGUCUGUUUCCAACUUCCAUAA